AGGACAAGUCAUGUGUCUUUUUCUCCAAGAACCCCAAGAAGUAAUUAAAGACAAGGAUCAGUGAUACGCUGGGAAUACAACGUACUAACAACCUUCGUCGGUACUUGGGUGUUCUGGUGCUUCACGCCAGAGAAACCAAUGACACAUACAAUUAUAUCUUGUAGAAGAUUGAUAAACGCAUGUCGGGAUGGAAGGCUAGAAGUCUCUCCUUGGUUGGGAAAUAUUUUAAACUUAAUGCUGCUGGUGACAUGGUCAUGAAGAAGCAAAUUUUUGAGACUUUAGAAAGGGAUUGUGGAGACCUGGUCGAUCAUUAAAGAACAGAUUGUGUGGGAUAUCCGGGCGGGUCGCAAUGUCCAAUUUUGGAUUGACCCUUGGCUGGCGAAAGGCCUUACCCUGCGAGAUCACACUACUAAUGGAGGGGAUGUCAUCAACUGGCAUGCGACAGUGGCAGACAUAACCACCAACGAUGGUGAGUGGAACUGGCGGGAAAUUGAACCACACCUGACUCAACGUUUAAUUUCUUUGGUUGCAGGUACGGACCCACCGGUCGCCAACUCCACGGAAGACAUCACGACAUGGGGAAUGGAGACAGAUGGAAAAUUUAAGCUUCGUUCUGCAUACUCUGCUAUUGUUGACCUGGAUUGGUGAUACAGAGCUCAGGGCAGAGGAGGAACCUUCUCAUACCCAUUGGAAAUGACUGUGGAAAUUGACGGGACUGAACCACAUUAAGCAUUUACUCUGGCUUGCUUUCAAUGACAGGCUGAUGACGAACAGGAAACGAAAGCGAAGGAAGCUGACGUAUGACUAUACAUGCACCUUGUGCAAGAACGGGCCAUAGACAACUGAGCACAUCUUGCGGCUCUGUCCCAGCUCACCAGCAGGUAUAUCAUAGGCUGGGAAUAAAUGAGACUUUACUAACCUGCGACCUUGGUUUUACAGCUUGGCUAGAGUCACAUCUUGGGAACGAGCGGGAGGGACUCCUCUUCGGAGUGGCAGCUUGGUAUCUCAGGAAAUGGCGUAAUGAGAAAACCUUCCACAACUUGUCUCAAGAGGAUCACAUUCUGGCGCAUCGGAUUGGCUGUUGGACAUAUACCAUACGAAAUGUUCACUUGAAUGAUAAAGCUUUCCAGGAGCAGCCCUGGACGAAGACAUCCCAACAACUUACGUGGAACCCGCCUCUGGUGCAGUGGAUGAGCAUCCACACUGACGGCUCGGUCAAGCAACCAGGAUCACUUCCAGCAACGGGAGAGCUGAUUGGGGACUGGACAUUGUGUGGAAGCCUUUGUGGAGAAUCUUGGCGUGUGCACUAUCACCAGAGCUGAGAUCAUGGCGGCAAUUCGUGGCCUGCAGGUGGCAUGGAGGAAAGGAUUUCUCAAGGUCCAACUUCACUUGGACUUUACCACCGUUAUCAGUAUCCUCACCUCAUCUGAUCAGACAGAUCAAAGCUACUUUAAUCUAGUCCAACAAUUCAAAUGACUACUUCAACAAAACUGGGAAGUCAGAAUUUCCCACAUUUACAGAGAAUGCAACAAGGCUACGGACUUCCUGGUCAAUAGGGGCCAUAUUAUAAGCAUAGGUUUCCACGACUUCAGAAUCAAUGAUCCGGGUUUAUCAUUUUGGAUCUUGUACAAAACCAUGGACAUUGCCCAAACUCGUUUAAUUUAAAUAGCAGGCAGGGGCACCCUUUUAACGUCACAUCUUUUUUUAAAAAAAAAUUAUGCUAAUUGAAACUUUUGGGAGAGUUGUAACCCGGGUUAAUAACAGCACAACAACGUU